GUGGGAGGCGAGAAGCAAAAACAAGCUACUCAUGAAAGGGAUGCUGGCCCGGAAGGGCGUUGCGGCCUUGUAUGCGGGGCCCAAAAUCGCCUCGUACACGGAUGCCUGCGAAGCACCUCCGGCAAUGUGGGAUGGCGCCAUCCCACUCAAGCAAGAACGGGUGUUCAAGAAUGGCGUUGCAACUCGUAUUGUGAAGAAAACAUACUCGCACCCUCCAGAGAUUUACCCCGCGAAUCUGAGCUUCAAUGAUGUCAACUCCAUGUACUGCCUCGGAAACGACGAGCUGAUUAAGUAUUUUCCGGAAGGACUGGGCGGGAAGGUCAUGCAGUUGAUGCCGCCAGGACACCCGCGUGGCUUCUUGUAUCGCACACAGAGCCACCUUCUCAACUGCUUCAUUGACAAGCUUUCGUUUUGGCAGGCGAAGGAAAAGGCGAUCCGCUCCUUGACCAACGGGCGCAGCGGCUUCAUCCUCGACGGGCCUACCGGAACUGGAAAAAGCGCGAUUGUGUGCCAGGCGGUGCACUACGCUCGCUCUCGCGGCAUUAUCACGCUGUACAUUCCCAACGCCAAGGCGUGGACCCACGGUGAGUGGUGCUGGCCAAGCACGAUUCUUCCUGGCUUCUUCGACGCACCCGAUGCAGCGCGUGAUUUUUUGCGCACAGUGGCAGAGGCAAACCGCAGCCUGCUCGAAGGGUGGGACUUAAAGGUGACGCCGCAGGACCUGCCAGUGGAGCAAGGAGAAAAGCAGCCGCGGACUCUCUACGACCUGUGCGAAUGGGGACACCGCGCCGUAGCACCAGCCUCGAUCGAUCGUCAGAGCGUAUGCGUCAAGUUCUUCUUUGACGAAAUCAGCGCCGAGAAGACAAAGCCUAUCGUGAUAGCGGUGGACGGGUGGAAUUUGUUCUCCCACGAGACACACUUCCGCUACCCGCACCCGGACUUUCUCCGCACGCUCACGACGCUGAAUGACGGAUCCACCGACGUGGACCUGUACCCACAAGAGCUGCCAAGGAUUCCUGCGUCGCGGCUCAGCUUUGUGCGCGGUCUCAACAAGCUAAUUCUCUCGCGGAACGACCCAAACAAGUUCUUUAUCACGUGCACGACCCGUGACUUCAAGCCGUUUGACGGCAUCAGCGGCUUCGCGGAUGUAGAGACCGACCGGUUCAAGAAUAGUCUGGACGAGUACGCGCCGUACGAUCCGGAGAAGGACUCUUUCUUCCACCCCAUGAAAGUAGAGAACUUUACCGAAUAUGAGUACAGGUCGUUUCUGCGUUUUGCCAUCAACUCAGGUGAGCUGGCAGGACUUGGAUGGGGCCCAAUGUGGCACUACUCAAGCGAUUUUGAGCGCAAGCUGUACAAGAUCGGUUUCAUGUCCGACCGCAACCCCCAGCGUGUGGUGGACCACUACCACCAGGAGCUUGUGUGGCGCUACGAGUACAAACGCACUCGCCAAAAGCAGUAUCUGCUGGCGCGGCGCAGAAUGUGGCAGAGUGCUAAUAUGGCGGCAGUUGGGCGUGCGAGGAAGCAGUAA